GUAAAUGUCAUUAUAAUAUAUCGUUUAGUUGUAUAAUAAUGUAUCUAUCUCUAAUAAAACAACAAUAUCAUAUAACUAGAAAUAGAAUACAUAACGAAGACCAAGAUGGAGGAAUACCACAAAAUGAUUCUUCUAAAAAUUUAGUCCGGUCGCUGGUGGUUGGAAGGCAAAUAUCAGCUGCUGUAACAAAUGGCGGAUAUAGCUGCGAUUUCGGUUCCUUAAAAUAUUUUCUAUUGUGUGGAUUAGGAGGAAUUUUAUCCUGUGGGAUAACACACACAAUGGUAGUACCUUUAGAUUUAGUAAAAUGCAGAAUGCAAGUUGAUCCUAAGAAAUAUCUAAAUAUUUCUAACGGUUUCAAGAUUACCGUGGAAGAGGAAGGAAUGAGAGGUUUAGCUAAGGGGUGGGCGCCGACUUUUUUCGGAUAUUCAGCCCAAGGUAUGUUCAAAUUUGGUUUGUACGAAGUAUUCAAAGUAUUAUACUCGGGAGUGCUCGGUGAAGAAUACGCUUAUUUAUACAGAACGUGGUUAUACUUAGGAGCCUCCGCCACUGCCGAAUUUUUCGCCGAUGUAGCACUAUCUCCAAUGGAAGCAGUUAAAGUCAAGAUACAAACUGUACCGGGUUAUUCUAGUACGUUGAGAUCGGCGUUUCCCAGGAUAUACGUCGAAGAAGGCGUUAACGGUUUCUACAAGUCUUUGGUACCGUUAUGGAUGCGUCAAAUCCCGUAUACAAUGAUGAAGUUUGCUUGCUUCGAACGUACCCUCGAAAUGCUUUAUAAAUACGUCGUACCGAAACCUAGAGAACUUUGCAGUAAACCUGAACAGUUGGUGGUUACUUUUGCCGCGGGUUACAUAGCGGGUAUUUUUUGCGCUGUCGUAUCCCAUCCAGCGGAUACAGUCGUAAGCAAAUUGAAUCAAGCGAAAGGGUCUUCUUCGGCGGAUGUUAUAAAGCAAUUAGGAUUCGUCGGGUUGUGGAAGGGCUUAAUUCCUAGAAUUGUUAUGAUUGGUACGUUAACUGCCGCGCAAUGGUUUAUCUAUGACGGUUUUAAAGUUGCAUUAAGAAUGCCGCGACCUCCCCCACCGGAAAUGCCGGAGAGUCUUAAGAGGAAAUUUAAAAAAGAAGAUUAAUAAUCAUUAAAAUCAUUUCUAUACCAUUAGUUUUAUAUUUGUUGUUAUAUGCGUUAAUAAAUAUGUAAAAAAUAAUUUUUAUAAUUAAUCUAUAUGCUAUAACGAUA